UGAAGCAACUCACCCUUUAACCAAUGAGCAAGAGGAUCGCUUUGGCUGCGCGAGGGUUCGCAGGGCGGAGCAAUAGAGGUUUGGGUUCAGAAUGUGUGCGGGAGUUUGCUCCUGGUCAGAACAGAAAAUGAGACAACAAAACAGCCGAUGGACAAGCGUGUUCUGUAAAUAAUACAACGUCAUGGCCUUGAUACAAACGGACUCCAGUGGGAAAGGAAACGGACUAGCCAAUGCUCUACAAAGUGGCGUCAGAAAAGUCUGUCCAAGUUCUAAAAUUGCGAACAUGCAACCAAAGGACACAGAGUUCAGCACACAAGGUCUCCCAAAAGCUUUCCUUCACAGUUUACGGACUUUAUUCGAUAUUCUUGACGACGGAAGAAGGGGUUACGUUCAUAUCUCCGAGAUUGAGAGUCGAUGGCGCGGCGCGGAGGCUCGCGAUUUACCCGCUGGGGUGCUGGAGAGUCUGAGGCGCGUUGCGCCGCGUCACGGCUGCCUGAAGUUCGAGCGGUUCGUAGCGGGACUCAGAAACGCGAUGUUCAAUCCCGAAAAUUGCAGCAGAUCGAUCGCUUCAAACCACCAACACCAGCAGAAACCCCAGCAGAGAGUCGUGCGUCCGCUCGGACCGAGUAACGGAACAAACACACUCCACAGCCGCCAGAACGGACCGCAGGACAGCUCUGUAUAUUCUACGCUUUAUCCGGGGCUCUCGGUCACAUCGCGGGGCUGCGGAGGACUCGAGAGAACGGACUGUUCAUAUCGAUGCGAUCCGAUACACACCGGGAAAAACGCGCAUCAGAUCCGAUCCAUGGAAUCACUCGCUCUGGAACCCCCUGACGCCCAAAACACAGCAGAGAGUGGUGGUCUGCCUCGGUCAAAGAGUGAAACUAUGACCGGAUUCACACGAUCUCGACGACACACGAGGAGCCGCGACGAGAGACGCCACACCAUCACUAACGGAGUGGAUUAUGGGAUGCUGAAGCAGAUGAAGGAGCUGGAGCAGGAGAAAGACUCUCUGCUGGCCGGACUGGAUGUGUUGGAGCGAGCCAGAGAAUGGUAUCAGACGCAGAUCCACAACAUCACUGAGACGCAGAGACACAUCGGCCAGAGCCGCCACUCCACCGAGUUUUUGGCUGAAUCUGGUCAGAGUCGUUUGGAUGUUGUUUUGCCUAAACUACAGGAUGUCACACGCUGCCUCCGCGAUUUGCUCUCAUUCUCUGGGGAGACCCUCCCAUCCACCGGCUCCUCAAACACUCCUCCUGCUCCUCCUGCUCCUGCGCCUCCUCAGGCCAUCCACAUACUGAAGGAGCAGAACCGGCUCCUCACACAGGAGGUAACAGAGAAAAGUGAGCGCAUCACUCAGCUGGAGCAGGAGAAAUCGGCUCUGAUCAAGCAGCUGUUUGAAGCUCGAGCUCGUAGCGCUCAUGAUAGCAGCGCUCUCGACUCCACCUUCAUCUGACAGCAUCAGACAUCACCAAUCACACUCCACACUCAAUCAUCUGAGACCGAGUGGACCACAGCCAAUCUACGGCAUCAGAACAUGACUCACGAGGAGCGCUCAUGAUUUCACAUGUACAUGAGAUGAGCAGAAGAAUAAACUGGAUCCCAGUGUGGAACAGAGAAACACGUCUGAACCGAGGCCUUCUCUUGUAUAGUCGACAUGAACAGAACCUUUAUCUGAACAGUUGGUUAGUGAGGGCAGGUACUUAUAUAGACUUUUCCUUUUGGUUUGGUUUCAUUUGGUUUAUUUUAGCUGCGAAGCUUUAACAAGUGUGCCGUUUUCUCUGAAAGAGUAGUGUUUUUUAAUUGCUCUCCAUUACAGGUGACACGUAAGGUAAAAGUCUUCUUGAAGACGUGAUGUAGCACAAGCAGUGAUAGAUCAUCUCUAUUGUGAUUGAAAAACUAAAUGCAAAAUGAUUAAAUGUAAAUGUAGUCCAUCACUUGUUGAUUGGAUGGAGGUGGAUCUGAAUGUGAACUUACAGAAGUUUGUAAGAAAAGAAUGAAGAAAAUGAUCAGAGAAAUCUUGCAUCUUCCACUAGAGAGAAACCUCAAGAGCAUUUGAUUCUGUUCCAGUCGGGUGCGCUCGUCUGGCUUUGAAUCUUUGAUUAAAAAAACUUCAAUCUUCUCUCAGAAGAAUAAUAAUAAUAUAAUUUCAUCUGUGACAUGCUCUUAGAGACCACAGAAAAUGGACUCUUACUCCAGUUUAUUUAGAAGGACAUUUUUAAUCAUGGAAAUCAUUUAAAAGCAGAAACAUGAAGCUUGUUUUCAUUGAAACGCUUGGAUUCAUUCUUUAGCAAAGCGACUGAUAUUUGAGCUCAUAAUGAUUGACAGCUGCUCACAGAUGCCCUCUAUAGAUAUUAUGUUGAAAAUCACCUUAAAUAUUCCUGUAAAACUUGCUCUUUAAUAUUUGUCUCUCAGUUCUUUAGGUGCUGGAAGGGUUUCAUAUUCUUUUUUUUCUUUCUUUGGCUUUCUGAAUUAUAUUUCACCUGACAGAUAGAACAAGAUUUCCAAGAUAACAUGAAUCUGUGCUGGAUAUUUUGUGAUUUUAUGAAAGACAACCGUGACUCCAUAGGAAUGAUUUCUGUUAAUGUUUCCAGAGUAUAUUUACUAUAUUAUACAGCCAUAUGUAAAGCACGUCAUGGCAUGAAGGCGCAUUUCAGAAAGAACAGGAACCUGAUGACACAAAGUGAGAAGGAAAGGAUGUUUGUGGAUGUGUUUUACACCGCAGAUGACUGUGUUAUUACAUCAUCAUCAGAUCACAGUGAAUGUGGUGAAAUAUAGCUUUUGACAAAGGGGCACUAAAACACAUGAUUCAUUUCAGUCUGUCCUCUUGUUGUUUUCUUUCCAGUUUUGAGUUGAAGCAUUUAAACCGUGUGCUGUAUGAGAUUUGCUAAUAACUUCACCUCUGGUGAUCUGCACCGUGGCUCGUGUUUUCAGUUAUCACAUGGAAUAAAUAAGCUUUACAGGAGCUGAACGUGUGUCCAUGUUCACAACAUCAUCAGAUGAAAAAUAGAGUGGAAAGAAGGCAGUGUUUUUCCUCCAUCUGCAGGGAGCGAUGCUGAGCGACGGUGCUUUGGAAAAAUGAUCCUUAAAUGAUCGUUAAGAGACUCUACAGGAGAACAAUCAAUGAAGCUGAAGAGCACUAAUGUCAUUAGAGGUUGUAUAUUUGCCGCAGCUGUGUGUUUUACAUGUGAAUCUCAUCAAACUUGAUUUAACUCUCAACACUCCUCUUCUUUUUGCAUAUGUGAUCCACAACAAACUCUUCCAUUAUUAAAACAAGCCGUGUUUAUUCUUGA